AUGUUUUCCUCUUCUGCUCGCUUCGUGGCUAGGUCCAGCCCAGUCAGCGCUAUCCCAGCAACCGUCCGUCCCUCAAGUAUCGUCAUCAUUGCUUCAUCAAGUGGCUUGACGAGUACCCGUACGAAUCAACGGCGAUACUCCUCUUCAAAGCCUCCUGUGCCUCCCAGUGAUGGCUCCCGUGGCAUCGAUGCCUCGUCACAGACUCCCGCCAAAGGCGUUAACCCAUCGAAGAAAGAGUGCGGUGAGAAGUGUGAGGGCAAGACAGUGAAGCGACGGAACUGCAAGGAUGCCAGCAACGUUUUUGCGAAAUCGAAGAAUAAUGAACCAUUCUUGAAUCUUCCCAGUGUGCCUUCUACGCAACACCUUCAUCCCAAAGAAAUCUAUGUGGCAUCUUUCUUCUCGACGUAUCGACCUAUAUCUGUUACCAACUCUGUGCCACCCCAUUCCAACCCUGAUUCUUUCUAUGCCAUUUUUUCCUGGAAAAAGCCUUCGAAACCCCGACCACAUGAUAACAUAAAUACCCUAUCCCCCGCGGUUAAUUCCAUGGAAAACGUACCGCCCAAUAGUCAGUCCAACUCCCAUCUAGGAAACAACAACACCAGAUCUGCCAUCUCCCAAGGAUCUGCUAAACACGCCAAAUCGAACCAGCUAAGUGGCGUCGACGAGCUCCCCAUCGAAGACAUGCUUAUCUCCAAGAAGCUUCGUCCGUUCGAACCCCCUCCACCACCUGUUCCAAUGGACAGUUUCGGAGAACAGGAUAUCCCCAGCGAAGCUGAGCUCUCUGAAUCUGAGCUGCAAGAAGGCGUGAGGGAGCAAAGCUACUCCACCGUCCUUACCAUUACCGAAUCCACCCACACAGAUGGCCGCAAGACCUACGAAGCGCAUAGCUCCCCACUCGUCAGUAUCGAUAACAAAGAUGCACCUUCGUCGUCUGUCUAUGAGGGCGAAAAAGUCAUUCAAGACCAGGGCGGAUCUUUUUCUAUAUCAGAACCAGAACCGGUAUACCGACGGCAGCAUCGCAUAUUGCCCGCCAUAGGACGGAGAAUCUACCACGCUAUUAGUGUCAAAAGACAGCGCAAGUUGAAGAUGAAGAAGCAUAAACAUAAGAAGCUGAUGCGGAGGACGAGAAUGUUGAGACGGAAAUUGGACAAGGCAUAA